AUGGGGGAGGAGGCCUCGCUCGAGCACACGCCCACGUGGGUGGUGUCCACCGUCUGCCUCGGCAUCGUCUCCGUCUCCCUCGCCGCCGAGCGCUUCCUCCAUUACCUCGGCAAGCCUUAUGCUGUUUUUCCGCCUUUACUCCUGCAGUAUCUGAAACAUAAGGAGCAGAAAGCAUUGUUUUCAGCUCUUCAGAGACUAAAAGAAGAGCUAAUGCUUCUCGGAUUCAUUUCCUUCGUCCUGAGUCUCUCCCAGGGUUUUAUUGUUAACAUUUGCAUUCCAGAAAAUGCUACAGAUUUCAUGCUUCCAUGCAAGAGAGAGAACCACGAAGUUGCAGAAGAAGGUUCCAGAGUUUGCAAGAAAAAGGGUGAUGUUCCCUUGCUAUCAGUGGAGGCAUUACAUCAGCUGCACAUCUUCAUAUUUGUACUUGGUUUAGUCCAUGUUGUGUUCUGCGCCACAACAAUAUUACUUGGUGGUGCGAAGAUGCGAAAGUGGAAGCAUUGGGAGACAGAAAUUCACCGAGAAAUAGGGGAGAAAUUACAUCAAGCACAAAUUGAAAGAAAAUCUACACCUUUGAGUGCUGUGCUACAUCGAAAUCAUCAAGGCGAAUUUGUCCGUGAGCGAACAAAGGGAUUUUGGAUGGAGCUGACUGUUGUAAGCUGGAUAACUGCGUUCUUGAAGCAAUUUCACGAUUCUGUUAGUAAAUCAGAUUAUGAAGCGCUUCGAUCAGCAUUUGUCUUGAUACACUACCCAAGAAAACCAGACUUUGAUUUUCACAAAUACAUGAUUCGUGCUCUUGAACAUGAGUUUAAGAGGGUUGUUGGUAUCAGCUGGUAUAUGUGGCUUUUUGUCAUCAUCUUCCUGUUGCUGAAUAUAAAUGGAUGGCACACAUACUUCUGGUUAGCUUUCUUGCCUCUCUUUCUCCUACUUAUUGUUGGUGCCAAGCUAGAGCACAUUAUUACUCGAUUGGCUCAAGAGGCAGCAGCAUCAUUAUCCAAUGAAACGGAGGAAGUUCCAAAAAUAAAGCCAUCCAAGGAACAUUUCUGGUUUCAUAAACCUGGGCUUGUCCUUCAUCUGAUCCAUUUCAUUCUAUUCCAGAACUCGUUCGAGAUUGGUUUUUUCUUCUGGGUCUUGGUAUCGGAAGGGUUCGGCUCGUGCAUGAUGGAAAGUAAACCUUAUAGCAUCUCCAGACUUGUUAUCGGAGUGAUCAUCCAAGUCAUCUGCAGCUAUAUCACUCUGCCAUUAUAUGCCAUCGUCACUCAUAUGGGCGGAGAGAUCAAGCUGCACGGUUUCGGCUCGGACGUGCACGAGUCCGUCCAUGGCUGGCUCACCGAGGCGCAGAGGAGGAAAACCUUCUUGAAGAAGGCCGGCGCCGGCGCCGGCGACCCCGACCCCGAUUCCGGCGGGGAGGUGAAGUUGAAGGUGACCCGGGCGGCGGCGCCCGACGAGCGGACGGCCGGGACCUCGCGCGGCAUGCUGAUGACGGCGCACCCGCCGCCCGAUCUCGACGAGAUCGUCACCGUGGACGGCGGCUACCACGGCCUCCGGACGAGUUGAA